GUCGUCCCCGCGUCGUUCAUGGCAUUUCCCGAUCUUCAUUGGCUUUGCCGGCUCCUCCACUCCUCUUUUUCUCGCUACAUUGACGCUGGCUUGGUUUCUCUGACGACGGAGGAGGAGAGAAGUCUCCUGAUUUCCCUCUCACAGGUCUCCAGGCGCAUUCGUCAGGCGGGCGAUGAACCUCCUCCACAUUGUGCGCGAGUGGUUGCAGCAGAAGCUAUCUGUGACCACAGCGGUGCUUGGUUCUCCAAAUUACAUUCUUCAGCUCGUCAUGGUUGUUUGAAAACCAUUACAGCUAUCACAGUUGCAUUGUUGUUGCUUGAGAGUCAAUUUGUUCGGCAUUCAGCUGGAAGAAUCUUUUUGGAGCUCUCUAGUUUUCUUCUGAAAAAUGAAGAUUUAUGGAAAGAACUCAUGCAUCUAUUAUGCCUCAGUUUAGAAACGACAGUUUUCUAUGUUUAUGUGCCAGAUUCAUCAUUGCCAGCACCAAAGCCCAAUCUGGUUUUAGAGGAUGAUCAUGUUGCUGUCUUGUUCAGAUUAAGACUGGUGAAAGCAAAAUGGUUCACAGUGGCUGAACUUCUUCAGAUUUUACGCAAUAUAUUUAAAUCUUUGGAUGAUAAAUCUGGUGUGGAUGUGAAAUUCUACACGAAUGCUGUGAUUGCUUCUCUCUCAGUUGCAACAUCGAAUAUACUUGAUGGAAUUAAGGCUUGUAAAUCUGAUGAAUCAUGUUCCAGUUCUUCUGGUCAAAUCAUCAUUGACCAAAGUAACACUGUCAUUUUGGGAGUGUUGCUACAACUACUUUGUUCUUUGUCUAAGAGAUGUGCUCCUGAUGAAGCCAAUGAAGGGGAGCAUACGGCCACCUCUCAGAUCAUUGAACUUGUUCCGAAGUUUUUUUAUUGGGGACUAUUGGAAGAUAGAAGUGGUGCUGUUGAUUCAGUAUCCCAAUUUUUGAGACACAAAAUGAUGAUGUUGAUGAUUAGGUUGAGUGAUUGUAUCCAUCAAGAACGUGCCACACUUGCUUUGUGGCUUCAACUACUCUGGAACAGUUUUGGACACGUACUAAACUAUCCUCUUUGUGAAAUAGCUUCUAGUUGCUAUGCUCAUCUUGAAGGUUCCCCAUUUUUUGCAACUAUGGUUGGUAGCGACAUGUGUUAUCAUCAUUUACAAAGACAAGCUACCUUUCUUCUUUUCAAAUGCACCUUCAAUGUUAUCAAUCUGAAUAAAGAUACUUCUGUGAAGAUUUUUGAACUCAGUAACUGGCUGGAGAGGCAUUUUCCAGGUGCCAUGUCUAUUAAUCAGGAGUCUUAUUUGGAAGAAUGCAGAAGAUUUGCAUUUUCAUUCUUGAAAUGCUUUCUAGAUGAGGAUGACUUUCUGUUUGAAAUGCUUCUGCUCCUGUUGGAUUUUUCGCAUCUACUCCAGACACUGGGCAGCAAAGAUCAUGUAACCUUCCUUGAAGAGGAUAAAGGGAACACACUCUUCCAUAUCACAAGCAUAUUCGAUCCUGUACAUGUUUUCCAUUUGUUUCUUUUUGGGAUACACUACGACCACUCUAUGCUUCUUGACUGCCUUAUUUCAAAAGACAGCGGCGUUCUGUGUGUACGUUAUUUGCUAAGGUGCUUGCGCAUAGUUGUUGGUUCAUGGGACUUAUUUGUAAAGUUUGUGAUGCCUGAAUUUGAUACAAGCCUGUCACUCUGCAAAAAGAGGAAAGUCUGUCUUGAUGAUAAUGAUUCUCUGAAGAAGGCAGGAUCAUCAACGUCAGGUAGUAAUUAUCUUGUCAGGAGACCUGCAAAGAGUAAGGCAAUGAUCACACAGUUACCUGCAAUAGGUGCCUUUGAAAGUGCGAGCAAAUGCUUGUUAUGUUUGAAGAAGUCGAUAGAAAGCCUUCACAAGAAAAACUUGUUUCCUUAUAAUCCAACUGCAUUGCUGAGAAGAGAAAAGGAACGUCACGGUUGGAUUAGUCUCUCAUAGGGCAGGAAUCUUUGUAAAAUUUGAAGAGCUAUUGAAAAGACAGGUAGCUGGCGAAAUUUGAUGUGAAGAAUGGGAUAUGAUUCUCAUUUAAUCUUGUAAAAGAGUAGCUAUGACAAGUAUCUGGAAAUGGCAGCUCAAAAAGUAGGCAUGCGGACUUCCCUGCCAAUGGAUUGGAAUCAGUUUGGAGUUCUGAUACAGGCUUCGAUUUGUUCGGCUUUGCUUGAGAUUGAAG